AACAUAACUCUGCUUGUAUAACAGAAAGGAACAGAUUCAUCAUGAGUGGACGCGGCAAAGGCGGUAAAGGACUCGGAAAAGGAGGCGCCAAGCGCCACCGUAAAGUACUUCGUGAUAACAUCCAGGGCAUCACCAAGCCCGCCAUCCGCCGCCUGGCUCGCCGUGGCGGAGUGAAGCGUAUCUCCGGUCUGAUCUACGAGGAGACUCGCGGCGUCCUGAAGGUUUUCCUGGAGAACGUGAUCCGUGAUGCCGUCACCUACACCGAGCACGCCAAGAGGAAGACCGUUACCGCCAUGGACGUGGUCUACGCCCUGAAGAGACAGGGUCGCACCCUGUACGGCUUCGGAGGUUAAAUUCAAAGGUUAAAUCGCUAAACCCAACGGCUCUUUUAAGAGCCACCCAAAAGUUACAAAAGAAUUAUUUCCAUGUCGUUGCAUUUCAUAAAGACGCUAAUCGGAAUUAGGGCAGUCAUGUCUGCCCAGUAAAACGACAUGGCUGCAGUUAACUACUGCUAUAGCCACUCAUACAGGCUAACGUGAAUGGAAAGUCAAACUACAACGAUAAUGAGUAGAGCACGUAAAUAGGAAUAAACAUU